AUGAGCGAGGCCAGCUACAGCACAUUCACCACCUAUGAACAGACAGAGUAUGAGAUCGAAAACAUAGGUCUCAACUCCUUCCACCUCUUCACCCGGCCCAUCUCCGGGGACCUCCCGAUAGAAAGGACAGGCUGGACCCGCUUCGUCCAGCCCUCAAGGCGCACCCGCCGCCGUCGCGAACUCGUCCAACCGGUGCGCAACCUCUUCCUCCCCAUCGACAGACGCACCCCGGCCGAGUUCAAGAAACAACCACUCCUCCGCUCAGAACAACUAGUCCGCUACGCCAACAUACUCUCCAACGCCGCCGACAUGCCGCGCCACAUCACGGCCCGCGUUUGGCAGUACCUCCGCAACCGACGUGCUGGUGACGCCAACACAACACCCCGGUCGACUCUCCCCAAACCACCGCAUCCAAACCCCCUUGAGGCGCUGCCCCGGUCGUUUCGCCAUCAUAUUUGUCGUAAUUCCACUCCGGUUCGUAUCCCCCCGCCCAUGAUGAUGACCCCGAUUAUGCCGCUCGGCUCACUGAACAACACCCCUGUGCCUUCCAGGUUUGGUUCCGGUUCUCGCGACGGAUAUUCUUUUACGGAUACGAGCGUCGACGGCGACGUGGACGUGGACGUGGACGGGUCCGGAAAUCGUCGUGAUGUUGGUACGCCUACUCAUACGCACUUUGCGGGUAGUGGGAUGCAUUUGCGGUCUGGACUGAAUAAUAUGCGUCGGAGUAAUGAUAUGCAAAAGGAGAACAAGCUGUUGUCGCAGGGUAAGGACAAUAAAAUAAAAAACAACAAAAUCCAAAAAACGCAGUGGGAUGGUGUUAAGGACAAGGGGAAGCGUAACUUGGACGACCGCAUAAUAGCUAAGGUCAUCCCCUCCUCCUCCUCCAACAACAGCAACAGCACGAUACGCUACGCUCGGCAGAAUACGUACGCUCCGAGUAGCGCGUACAGCGGUCACCAUCAUCACGACCGCGACCACGGCCACGACCAUAGAAGCAUGGCUAUGGUCAAAGAUUGGGUUGACCGUACGAAUGCAUACGAUAGAUAUGAAGAGAACCGCCACAACAACAACAACAACAACAACAACAACAACAACCACCACGAAAACAGCCCAGUCCUCGACCAGCGGUACAUAGUCUGGUACAACGGGGACGGCUCCCUCGCUCAUAGCCCUAGCCCCGACACCAUGAGCCUCACGUCUGCUGGCGCGUACUCUAACCCGCUCACUGACGCUCCGAGCCCGAUGUCUACGACCAGCGACCCCUAUUAUGACGGGGCUGGUGCUGUGACGAGGGUUGUUUCUUCUGAUGAUGAAGGCCGUGCUCUUGGUCCUGUGCGGAACGAUGUCCACGUGCAACGGCAAGAUCGACGUCAAAUCCAACAACGGGAGCUCGCUGGUUUCCUUCUAGAACCUCCGGAGGCCUAUAACAACACCAACAACCCCCUCGCUCUUGGCCCCGUUCGGAAAUACGUCGACGGACAGCAGGAACAACAUCAAAACCAUCAACAGAAACCCCGAAGCGUCCUUAACCAGGGUUGGCAGCCCGCUGGGUUCCUCACAGAACAGCCAGCCGGUAACAACACCGACAACGCGCUUUCUCUUGGCCCUGUACGGCAUGACGUUGACGCACAGCAACAUCAUCAACAACAACAACAUCAAAUCCAGCAACAGCAGCCCGUCGGGCUCCUCGCAGCAGCGCCGCUGGCUAGUAACAACCCCAACAACCCCUACAACCCCAAUCCUGACAACAACCCUUACAACAGCAACCCCUACAACUCCCCACCCGCUUCCCCAGCCCGCUCAACCUUCCGCUUCCCAAGCAACAAGAACAACCACCCCCGAGACCCCCUUGCCAGCCCCUUCGCCCCCCCCCUCAACACCCAAAGCGUCUUCAACGGCCGCCCCUGGGGUCCCGACUCCCCCGGCUGGGUCCCCCCAGGCCAAGAUUUCGCAGCACGCAGUGAACGCUGGCGCAAAGCAGUUCGGGAGGCAGAGGAGGAAGAAGAGGAGAGGAAGAGAAACACGAGAUGGAAUGUUCAGCCGGAGGUGAAGUAUAGAGAGGAUUGGAGGGAGGUUUUUGGGAUUGCUGCUCCGAAGGAGGGGAGGACUUCAGCCGGGGGUGGGGGGAGUGAUGGGGGUUCGGAUGCGUCGACUGUUAAGGUGGGGGGUGGUGAUACGGGGGGGAUUUCGACGGAGGUUAGUGCGGCUGAGGGGUUGAAUGAAUUGUUUGGAGGGACGGAGACGGAGGAACAAAGGGGGUCAGCAGCAGGAGGGGGAGGAGGAGAUGGAGAACUAGCAGUAGCAGUGCGAAGGGCAGGAGAACUAGUAUCAGCAGCAAGAGGAGCCGUAGCAGGAGAAAAGGGGGAGGGCGAAAAAGCGGUACAGGUCCGGGACGCUAAUACGGCCGAGAGCAGCGCGGUAACUGUUAGGCGGAGGGCGUCACAGGCACAGGUGCAGCUGCAUUCGCCGCCUCACUCGCCGUCUCGAUCGCCGCCUAGGACCCAGCUUCAGGUUCGGCCUAAGCUUCAGGUUGAGAUUCGGCCUCAAUCUCAAACUCAACUUCAGGAGCAGCCGCAAUCGCAGCCUGACUCCCAGACGCAGCUUCAGGUUCGGCCGCAGCUUCAGGUCCAGUCGCAGGGGGGUAUCCGAAGGUGUCUAGGCCAGCGUACAUGGAUCUGUAAUUGA